GGGGCUGCCACGUUUCCACGCAGGCGUACUAAACGCUGCCGGCUGUGGACGCCGUGUUUGCGGCAGUGCGCAGGCGUAGAUACCGGCGGCCGGCCGCUGGGUGUUGGCGGUGCGCAGGCGCGGGUGCCGGCGGCCGGUGCUGUCUCGGGUGGGGACCGUUGGGCUAACAUGAACUUCCUCCGCGGGGUAAUGGGCGGCCAGAGCGCCGGGCCGCAGCCCAGCGGGGCCGAGACUGUUCAGAAGCUAUGUGACCGAGUUGCCUCUUCAACACUACUGGAGGAUCGCAGAGAUGCAGUUCGUGCACUCAAAGCAUUAUCCAAGAAAUAUCGUCUUGAAGUGGGCAGUCAGGCCAUGGAACACCUUGUUAAUGUGCUGCAGACAGAUCGAGGAGAAUGUUCAGAAGACCAAUUCUGAAGAUCUGGCUGGACAGUUUGCGGAGAUUUAUAUCAAACAACAAGAAAAUCUUACCUUGCUGUUGUCCUUGUUAGAGGAAUUUGAUUUUCAUGUGCGCUGGCCUGCAGUGAAACUUCUAACUGCACUUCUAAAAAAUCAAGGUCCACAAGUUCAACAGAUUAUCCUUGUCAGCCCAAUGGGUGUGUCCAGGAUGAUGGAUUUGCUCGCAGAUUCGAGAGAAGUGAUUCGCAAUGAUGGUCUCCUCUUGCUCCAGCAAUUAACGAAAGCUAAUGCAGCCAUUCAGAAGAUUGUAGCUUUUGAAAAUGCCUUUGAACGCCUGCUGGAUAUUAUCACUGAAGAGGGGAUGAGUGAUGGAGGUAUUGUUGUUGAAGAUUGCCUUUUGCUGCUGCUUAACUUGAUGAAGAACAAUAGUUCAAAUCAAAAUUUUUUCAAAGAGGGUUCAUACAUUCAACGCAUGAAGCCUUGGUUUGAGGUUGCUGAAGACAAUUCGGGUUGGUCUGCACAGAAAGUGACAAAUCUCCACCUGAUGCUACAGCUGGUGAGAGUGCUGGUGUCCCCUGUGAAUCCACCUGGUGCUACAAGCAGUUGCCAGAAGUCAGCAUUCCAGUGUGGUUUGUUACAGCAGUUGUGCACCAUCUUGAUGGCAACUGGAGUUCCUGCUGACAUUCUCACUGAGACCAUUAACACAGUAUCUGAAGUUAUCAGAGGGUCCCAGGUAAACCAGGAUUAUUUUGCUUCUGUGAAUGCACCCUCCAAUCCGCCAAGGCCUGCAAUUGUAGUGCUUCUGAUGUCCAUGGUGAAUGAAAGGCAGCCAUUUGUCCUGCGUUGUGCUGUGCUAUACUGUUUCCAAUGUUUCUUGUACAAAAACCAAAAAGGACAAGCAGAGAUUGUUGCCACACUUCUGCCAGCAACUAUUGAUGCCAAUUCCAUUUCAGCUGGCCAGCUGCUAUGUGGGGGCCUCUUCUCUACAGAUUCCCUCUCUAACUGGUGUGCAGCUGUAGCAUUGGCACAUGCUCUGCAGGAUAACUCCAUCCAAAAGGAACAGCUGCUCAGGGUACAACUGGCAACCAGCCUUGGCAAUCCUCCUGUCUCUCUGCUCCAGCAGUGUACCAACAUCCUGUCUCAGGGAGAUAAGAUCAACAGACGGGGAAGCAAAGUGCAAACACGGGUUGGCCUACUGAUGUUGCUGUCUACAUGGAUGACCAACUGUCCAAUUGCUGUGACUCACUUCUUGCACAACCAAACCAAUGUCCCUUUUUUAACAGCACAGAUAUCAGAGAACCUUGGGGAAGAGGAACAACUUGUGCAAGGUCUUUGUGCACUUCUGCUGGGCAUCUGCAUCUACUACAAUGAGAAUUCUCUGGAGAACUACACUAAGGAAAAGCUAAAGCAACUCAUAGAGAAGAGAAUUGGGAAAGAAAUUUUCAUCGAGAAGCUGGCUUACAUCAGCAAACAUGAGCUUUACUCUCGAGCUGGUCAGAAACCCCAGCCCAGCUACAACAGCCCAGAGCAAAUGCUGUUUGACCACGACUUCACCAAAUUAGUUAAAGAAUUAGAAGUCCUUAUAACAAAGGCUGUCCAAAAAUCAAGUGAGGAUGAGAAGAAGGAAGAGGAGGUGAAGAAGUCUUUAGAGCAACAUGACAGUAUAGUAAACCAAUACAAGGAACUUAUCCGUGAACAGGAUCUGCAACUGAACGAAUUGAAGAAACAAGUAACUGCCCUCACCAAUCAGAAUGAACAGAGUCAAACAACGAUAACACAGCAAACAUCACAGAUUCAACAGCUGCGUGACCAGUAUAAUCUUCUCAAAAUACAAGGUAAACCGCUAGACAGCCAACAUCACAUUCAUAAUGAGGCAGCUCAGAUCAAUGGCAUUCAACCUAAAGCAGACAUGGAAGAAAUUGGAAGGUUGCGAGAAGAAGUUGAAGAAUUGAAGAAGCAGCAUAAUGUAUUAGAAGGACAGCUGGCUGAAAAGGAGUCCGUGAUUGAUAAACUGAGGACUGCUCAGUCAACAGGAAACCUAGCUGAAGUCGCCACGGAUGUUGCUGGUGAUCAACAAAUGGAUCAGCACAAGCUUGUGGGCACAGCAGAAGCAUCGUUGAGGGAUAAUGACAGUGAUUCUGCAGCAGUGAAGAUUGGACAGCUUGAAAACAGACUAUCAGUAUUGGAGGAUGAGAAUAAAACAUUAAAGGAUCAGUUAAAGAUCUUGACAGAGGAGAAAAAGUCCCUUGAUCAACAGCUUGCGUCAACAAACAGUACAAUUGCCAUCCUUGAAACUGACAAGAGAAAGCUCCAGCAAGAGUUGACAGAAUCAAAGAAGGAACAGGAUGAUCUGUUGGUGCUUCUCGCAGACCAAGACCAGAAAAUCUUUGGAUUUAAGAACCGGCUCAAAGAGCUUGGAGAACCAGUUGAGGAUGAAGAUGACCUGGAGUCUGCUGACCAAGAAGAUGAUGAUGAUGAUGAUGAUGAUGACGAUGAAGAUGAUCCAAACUAAUUGCAUAACGAUGAUAUACAGGCAGAAUGAGGAAAUGUAAAGAAGAUCAAAGCUUCUGUUACCACAGGAUGCAGAAUGUAGAAACAGAGUUCAGAAUGUUUUGUUUUUCUUUUGGAAAUGGGUUUUGAAAUAAGUUUAAUUGUAUCUUCUACCAGUUGCAGAAGUUUGCUUACUGGGUAGGAGAGAAACUUUUCAUUUUUAAACAAUUAAAAUUUUAAUAAAACAAUGUUGUUUUUCUCCAUUUAAGGGAAAAAAAAAGCAUUCCCUCAAGGUACACUAAGCAGAUACUCAUUGUUGGAGUGAAGAGUAAGCUAACCACCUUUAGUCUACAGUUAUGCCUGUAUAAUUUGACCUAGUGUUGCAAUAUGUUGUAUUAUCUAGAGAAUGCGUUAUUGUGGGAGCUUGCAGACCAACCUGGAGUUUAAAAGCAGCCCUUAAGAACAUGGCAAAAUGUCAAGUCAAGAAUCUGGGCAACUACUUGUCUUACACAACUCUUCUGUGAGAUCUGAUUGAACCUUAAUAGCUGCUGUUUACCAGCAAUUUCAUUGAUUUACCUAAGCUGCUGUAUCUGACAAGUAUAAGAGCAGUGUGUUGCAGGAGAUCAGUGUGGGCCAUCUAUUUUGCCGACCUUUGCAUCAAGUCAGGGCAUUGCCUCUUACAGUGAGGAUUUGUAGGUAAAUGAAAGUUCACUGGCCUUUCUGAAUUGAGGCCAUUUGCUGGGAAGCAGCUGAACAGUCAUUGCCCUGAUUCAUGUCAGCCUGUCACACACAGAGGAUCUAGUGUGCCUUUUACAUUGUUCAGAAACUAUGCUCUGUCCCUCAGAUUCAACAACGCAUUGAAAUGUAUGCUGUGAAGUUAAUAACUGAACAACAUUUGAACAGUUUGGAAUUACCGGUAUUGCAUUAAUGUUGAUUAUUUACUGACGAUGCCACAAACAGAUUUAUUUCUACGUCUACAGCUGUAUUGCAGAGAAAUGAGAUUCUGUAUGAUUUAUAUAAUUUAUUGGCUGUUAUGCCAAAUUGGAAUAGAAUGAGAUAGUACACUUUAUAGAGAGAGAAUGUAAUUGUGUUUUGGAAAUAAAGUUCAUAUGAGAGAUUUCA